AUGGAGCGUCGCAAAGCGUUGGGCAUGUAUUCGAAGCUGAAGGAUCAGCAGGCGGCACUGAUACCGACCCCGCAAAAGGAUAAUGAAGACGGGGACUCGCUACCCGCUUUGCGCCGCUCGCAUUCGGUGCGAUCCUCCCUGCGGCGCCUCAAGAGCAAGCUGCACAGUCCCGCCCUGCCGCUGCAGUCGCCCUUCAAGCUUCGCGCCCAUCUGCAUUCGCGCAAUCGCACACGGACAGCGCUGGACAAGAGCAAGGCGGCGAAGGCACUGCGCUUGUGGAGUGAAAUCGGUGCCGUGGCCGUGGUCACCACCAAAGUGAAGGGCAAGAACGAGUUUGUGCCUCUCAAGCGGCAGCCCGGCUCCGAGCUGGCCGCCGAUCAGGAGGAACUGGGCAUCGAGCAGCUGAUGUCCACGCUGCCCGUGGGCGUGACGCUGCCGCGAAAGGCCUGCAAGCUGCUCCAAAUACCCGAGAGCUAUUGUCAGCCGGAGCAGGCGAAGACAGCCCCCAAGGCCACGCUGGACUCGGACCUGGAGCGGACGCUAAGCGGCGACGACUCAAUGUCUGUGCUGGCGGACAUCACGCGGAAUGCCCAACAGGGGAUCUAUGGAACGACGCGCAUGCGCACGGCCACCAUCCGGAAGCCGAUGCCGUACCUGAACAGUCACAACAUUCAGUCGCAGUCGCAGUCGCAGUCGUAUCGGGAUAGCGACACUGAAUCUGUGGACAACCAGGUCAAGCUGCGACCCAAGGAUCGGGAUAACUAUCCCACAUAUUAUCCAGCGCCGUUGCUGUCCACUCGCUGGUCCGAUCAGCUGACGCAGCAUGCAGCGGUAGCCAAGAUACGCACCGCCAUCUCCUGCCACACACAGGAUCUCAAAGAGAUGGAGUACCUACUGCCGCACUCGACACAGUCGCAGUCGCAGCUCUGCAUCUCCCGCCAUUCGCAGCCGAAGAACGCCAAGCUGCGGGAUGACCAUGAUGACGAGGAGAAGGCCGAUUCCGCCGACCUGGAGACGCCGCCACUUUCCGCCGGGGACGAGAACACGGCGGCCAAUGUGCAACAGCUAUCCGUGCACCGCCAGCCCGUGCAGCUGAGAACGAAAGUAACGGGCAACAUACCCCAUCCGCGAGCCAGCAAAAUGUCCAAGAAGCAGCAGAAACUGGCACAGGCACAGUUCGAAAAGCUGACGCAGAGCAACCUUCAUCUGCAUGCUCUGUUUUCGGCCGUGGAGCAUGGACAUCUGGACAAAGCACGCACCAUCCUGGAGUCCACCGAUGUGGAUGUGAAUAGCAUUAACAAUGAUGGUCUCUCCGCCUUGGAUCUGGCCGUUCUAAGCAACAAUCGCUCCAUGACCAAAAUGCUGCUCCAACACGGCGCCAUGGAGGGCUCGCAGUUUUCCGCGGAGAACAUUGGCAGCAAGCUCAAUGGCCUGCUGCAGGACGCCGAGUCGCGUAUCCACGAUCUGAGCGGACCGGAGGGCCUCUGUCCACCGAUUUUCGCCUCGCGACCCUCCAUCUCGAGCAUCAUAAUUGGAAACUCGAGUGCCUCCGUGACAGGCUGUACGGGCAGCGAGGUGGAGAAGCAGAUCGGCAUCUGGGAGCGUCGCGUCAAGGGCCUGCGACGGCUGCUGCUUGGCUGGGACCAGGCAAGGCCGCCAGAUGCGCCCGCCUCGGUGGUCGUAGAUGUCACCGGCGACAAUUCCAUCAGCGUACAAAUCUUGGAGCCCUUUGAGGGUGCCAUCGGCACGAAAUUUAAAGUUCAAUGGUCGACCCGCGCGGACUUCAAUAACGUGGUAGGCGAAAGCGAGCUGCUGGAGUGGGUGAGCUUCCAUGGCACAAUGGGCGCCCAGUGUCACAUAUCCGGCCUCACCCAGGGACGUCGAUACUUCCUGCGCGCCUCCUGCGGCAAUGUCAAGGGUUGGGGUGCCUAUCGCACCUCGGUUCCAGCUAGCGUUGUGCCAUCGACCUGGCGUGACUUGGACAAUCGUGAGGACCGAUUUGUGGGCCGUCACCGCAUUCUGGACAACCUCUUUACGGCCGUGCGUUUGGCCCGACCCGCCGAUGUCUCGGAACUCACGCUAGAUCCUGCGGGCGGCCAGCGACGCAACCCCAAGAAAAAGACCACCAUCAAGCAGCUCUUUUCGGUGGCGUCCAAGUUCCAAAAGACCCUCAGAAGGGGCAUCUACUUCUCGUGCAUCGUCCACUGCGAUGACAAGGUGCUGGUGACCAGCGAGGACUUUCCGCCCGUCAUCGAGAUCGACGAAUCGUAUCCGAGUGCCCUGCACAUGGACUACUACUGGCUGAUGAAGGUGGCCUGCACCUGGGACGAUGUCAAGUCGCUGCGCUCCGACAUGGAGCGCAAUCUCACGUCUGCCGUUCAUUUCCGGACAAAGCUUUUGUCUGCCGUCUGCCAGAUGCAGUCGGCGCUGGGCUUCACGGACCUCGGCCAGCUGUACUACAAGCCGCUGCGGGAUUCGCAGGGCACUGUUGUCCUCACCUGCGUCCAGUCGGUGAAGAGCCAGAAGGCCGUCUCCAUACUCAACUCCCGCUGGCUGCCGGUCAGCAAGCUGCAGAAGAAGCUCGGGGCCCUGCACGAGGACUACAACAUCAACGAGAUGCUCAUCUCCUCGAUUGGCGAGCAGAUGCACUACCAGCAGGCGGCCCUGCAGCGCCUGGAGCCGGGCCUCUAUCUGGGCUAUCUGAAAAUGCAGUGCUCCAUGGACCAGAUCCAGGUGGUGGUGCCUGUGAAGACACCCAAUGUCCUGCCCCAUUGCAAGGUGCGCGAGAACAGCCACAUCACGGCCGAGGAGUGGCAGGUGCUACAUCGUAGCGGCGAUCCGCUGCGCCUCCCACUGGAAUUCAGCUCGCCAGGUGGCGAACGGUCGGGCACCACAGAGGUGCAGCGCCUCUUCCUGUACGAUCUCACCAAUGCGAUGCACAAGCUGUUCGCUGGGAUGAACAUCAAGGCCUCGGAGGCCACCACCCACCGCCUCUACGACGUGGAGGUGAUCGAGCACAGUCCCGACAUCAGCUUCCUGGUUGUGUGCCCCUCGGCGGAGUCGUCGUGCGCGGUGCCCGGACAGUCGGAGCUCCUGCUGCAGCGUGACGAUCUGGCCAGCCUGAGCAUCCAGGCCUUUGAGAUGAUCCAUCUGCGCACUUACCAGCCGGCCAUUAUCCAGAAGUACGCCCGGCUCUCCUGCAUCCUGGAGCUGGACACGGCGCUGGCCACGCAUUCGCUGCGCGAGGCCUUCUCCAGCAGCGAACUGCAGGCGGCCAAGGAGCGACUGGCCACACUGCAGGAGCUCAGCUCCAGCCUGACGCUAGUGUGGAAGAGCGUGCGCUGGCUGAUGGAUGUGGUGGCCUAUGCGCGCAACAAGAGUGCCCAGCCGUCGUUGGCCAUGCGGGAGAUCCUCGACUUUGCUCAGCUGCGGCAGGACGAGCUGUCCGCGGCGGGGGGCCAGUCCAAGCAGCUCCUGCAGCUCCCGAUUCGCGAGAGUAAGUUCAACAAGACAGGCACUGGACGUGGCAGCUGGCCGGGACCCGGCACCAACGAGGAUCAAUCGCAGGGCAAGCCGGAGCACUCGAAGUCGGAGCAGAAUCUGGGCCAGACUGCAAUCACCCCAGUGGAUGCCACGACUUCCAAGCAACAGCAACAGCAGCAGCAGCAGUCACAAAUGCAACAGCAACAACAGCAGCUGCUGCAAGUAUCCACCAGCGAGUACGCAGGCUCCACAGGCUCAGAGGUGUCGCUGCGGAAGAACAGCGGCGACUCCAUGAGCUCCACCUACACGCCUCAGAGCUUCUACUCUGCCGUGGACUCCAUCUCGGAUAAGAACAGCAGUAGCAGCAGCUUUGCCCUGCCACCGUCACGCUCCGAUGACACUCUGGCGGAUGCACUGCGCCACUCGCAGGCGGUGGCAGCUCAACGGAAGCGCACCAGCUCCAACAUCGGGCACCACACCUCGACGCCGCUCAUCACGGUGCAUAGUUCCAGCUCGGCUCCGUAUCUAGCCGGAUCGAGUGUGUCGCUCAGGAGUGGCAGCGGUGUCUUUGCCACGGACCUGGAGCACAAGCCGCUAAAGCCGGCCGUGAAGGCCGCGUCCAGUGCCAAUUUGCGCGAAGGAGGACCCUACCUGAAGAGCACCCUGGCGGAGCUGAGGGCUGUGGGCGGCGAGGAGCCGGUGGCCAGCACCUCGAAAGCAUCAUCCACCAAGAGCCUGUCGCGCCAAAGCAGUGAGGAGGACUCGGCCAGCUGCUCCAGCCUGAACACGGAGCAGGUGCCGGGCAUCAUCCAGGUGUACACCGCCUACAAUACCGGACUGGCCAGUGGCACCAGCCUCAAGCUCCACGUAACCCCAAAGACGACCGCCCGCGAGGUCAUUAAUCUGGUGGUCAAGCAGCUCAACAUGGCCGUGGUGCUGAAAGGCAACAACGGGCCCAUCUACAGCGCCGAUAUGCUGGAGAACUUUUGCCUGGUGGCCGUGAUUGGGGCACGAGAGCGCUGCCUGCGGGACGACUUCAAGCCGCUGCAGCUGCAGAAUCCCUGGAAGAAGGGACGUCUCUAUGUGCGAAAGAAACACGAACUGCUGGCCGCCAUCGAGCACUCCAACCGCAAGUCGCAUUUGAUUUGAGCAAUCGGAGACUAUCAAUGGAACUAGCGAUGGAUAUAGGAAAUACAGAUUAAUGAAUCCGAUCCGACUAUUGUACAUUUGUUUGUGUGUUUGGUUCCACCCGUUCCACAUACCCCGCACCGCACCGCACCGCUCCACGACAAUGAUCAAAGAUGAUCGUCGACCAAUUCCCAAAUUAGACUGAAUUACUUAUGUAUGCCCCAAAAAAUGGCAAAUGAAUGGUAUUAUUAUAUUUUGAAUAGUUUAAAGUUCUACAUAAGACCCACCCACAUACAUAAAUACACAUACUAACUAGUAAUCCAUUCACAUACGAAUCGAACUACAGAUUGUUGUUAGUUUUUCUAGAUUAAAGCGUAGAAAGAGGGAAGAGAAGAAAAGAAAAGGUUACACCAAUAUCUAAUAUCCAAUAUGAUAUGAUAUGAUAUACGAAUAGAUAUGUAUUAUAUGUGUGUGCAUCAAUGUAUUUUAUUGUAUGUAUUUUGGUAGAUUAGUGAACAAAAUGUUUUGAUUGUAUUUUUGUGAAAUUUUUAAGGGGCACACACGCACAUUCACACACUCUUAAUCUAAGCGAAACUCACUGGAUGUCAAUAUGCAUUUUAAGUGUCACUCUUGAUGUCUCCCGAUGUGUUUUGUUGUGUGGUUUGUGUGUGUGUGUGUGUGUCCUUGACAAUUGCAAUUCCAUUGGCUUAAUGUUUAAAAGAAAUGUAUUAGUAUGUAAUCGGAAUCAAACCAACAACAACAAGAAAACGAAAAUUGCAAAUAUUUUUUAAAAAUAUAUUGGCACAACAAAAUGUUGAAAAAAACCAAACAAACAAAUAGGAAACUUUUAAUUCAAAUUCUAAAGAUUGUGUUUAUUAAAUGUGUAGCUACACGAAGUCGAGAUCCUCCUUACUAUCCUAUACUAGUAGUAAUCCUCCACUUUCCCCGCUUGCAACUCGUGUUCUAUUCAAUUUUCUAUCUAUCUCAAUGUGCAGAACAGUAUGUGUCUAUAACUUUAAAGUGUACUACUAUAUGGGUACUCUUACAAUGCAAAAAAUACCUUAAUUAACAUAGUGGAAAUUCUUCAGAUAUAUGCAUGUGUACUAUAUGUAUUGUUGUGAACCAUAGACAAAGGAGUCCGUUUCAUUGUCAAGCUCAUGCCCCAAGUCCCAGUAGAUAUGUACUUUUUGUUCGCGACAGCGAUUCGAAUUUAGAUUGAAAGUAGAUGAUGGUGGAUAUACAUUUCGAAUCUUAUGAGAAACUACACAGGAUCACACUUACUUUAAAUGAAUGUGCAACACACGAGUCCACAACAGAUAUCGUACUAUUUAAGAUGUCUACGACCAACAUACGAUUUUUGUACAUUUUAUUCUCAUGAUUUUUGACGAGAAAAGAAAGAGCAGAUUUUGAUACAUUUUUACUAUGGUUUACAAGUGUCCUAGGGCUAGUCGAAGCGCAGCAACGAAUGAACCAUAAGGCGGCCAUGCCCCCCUAACCCCCAUUUGCGUUCAUGCAACAGCAACAACAACAGCAACAGCCCGGUUUCAAAUUUGUAUUACCGACAGCCAAUUGCCUCAAUUCAAAUGGUCUCCUUCCCAUUCCCCUUCCCGGGAAAUGGUCGAGCAAACAACGAAACGUAUGCAAAGGCGAACAAAUUCCAUAUUGUAUGACCAGUUUUCUGUUUAUUAACUCGGAAUCGGAAUGCCAAUUAAAAAAUUUCAAUUGUACGAUACACAGCGUCCGUCCCUAGAAGAGCGUUUGAUUUUACGAAUGGAUGCGAAACGUAUACAGAGUAUUAUUAUUAUUUUGAAUUGCGAUCAAGUGAGAUAGAUUAGUUUUUACGAUGCAAUCUAAUUGUAGCUAAUGUGUGGAAUAUGUAUAACCCAAAAGCAUCGUAUUGUUUCGAAAAUAAAAAAAUACACCUGUAAUUAGAUAUAUGUAUGUAGAGGAUGAACCUUAUCAAGUGUAACUCGUGAACACAAAUUGCAUGCCAGUACCAACAAACAUCCAUUAUCAAUUCCGUGUGUGUAUUAUUGGUGUGUGUUAACUGCUCUAUAGUGUAUUGUAUUGUAUUAUUAUCAACAAACAGAAUGAACAGCACUACUCGUCGUAAGAGAUAAUGUUGAAGCAAUGUAAGUGGCGGAAGGAGUCGCGUGGACGAGUACUGUAGAUUGGGAGUGUAGUCAAACUAAGAAUAAUGUGAGUACCGAAGCAUUCAAAGAAUAUUCAAUUAAAUUAAUAAAGACUCAACAAUUGUUAUGGUAUCACAAUCAUGUUUGUUUCUAUGUUCUAUGGAAAUUUCUAGAUAAAAAAGGAGAAUAAUGAUACUCAUGAAAUAUUGCAAAUUCGAGUAUAGUAAGUAAGUCGAGUAGUGGUGUAAGCACAAUCAUGUUUAUUUCUAUGUUCUAUGGAAAUUUCUAGAUAAAAAAGGAGAAUAAUGAUACUCAUGAAAUAUUGCAAAUUCGAGUAUAGUAAGUAAGUCGAGUAGUGGUGUAAGCACAAUCAUGUUUGUUUCUAUGUUCUAUGGAAAUUUCUAGAUAAAAAAGGAGAAUAAUGAUACUCAUGAAAUAUUGCAAA